CGCAUUUAAACACCCCUCACACACACGCGGGAGGCCGGGAAGGGCGCGCCGGCGGAAGAGAUGGGCAGUGCCUUAGGAAACCCCCUCAAGAGGUCGACCUGAGACCAGCAUAGCGCCUACGAAACCAAACUGGGAGGGGUCGCUGGGAAACCCUGGCUCUCCAUUGGCUGCGGGCGCUCGCCGCGAUGCGGGGGGAUCUCUAACCCUAUUCAGCAUGUUUUGUACAAGAAAUGUCAGCCAGAAAGGGCUAUCUGCUCCCUUCGCCAAAUUAUCCCACAGCAAUGUCAUGCUCCGAGAGCCCGGCCGCGAACUCUUUUUUGGUGGACUCGCUGAUCAGCUCGGGCAGAGGGGAAGGAGGUGGAGGCGGCGGCGGCGGAGGAGGAGGCGGCGGCGGCGGCGGUGGCGGCGGCUAUUACCCUCACUACCUGCCACAAGCGUCCGAGUUGUCCUACGGUCUGCAAAGCUGCGGACUUUUCCCGGUCCUAAGCAAACGCAAUGAAGGAGGCGGCUCGCCGAGCGGGUUGGUGCCCUCGUCGCACCCUUACAUGUCGGGCAUGGAAGUCUGGCUAGAUGGCCCCAGAUCGUGUCGUAUGGAACAGCCAGAUGGUCCGCCGCCCCCUACUCACCAGCCGCAGCCCCAGCAACAACAGUCCCAGAGCCAGCAGCAGCCCCAGAAUCACCACCACCACCAGCAGCCACAGCCGCCGCCGCCGCCGCCACAGCAGCAGCAGCAGCAGCAGCAGCAGCCUCCGCAGCCACAAGCGACCUCCUGCUCCUUCGCCCAGAACAUCAAAGAGGAAAACUCUUAUUGUCUCUAUGAUUCCGACAAAUGCCCCAAAAGUUCAACGGCCCCGGAGCUGACCUCCUUUCCCCCGCGGGCUCCGACCGAGGUCUGCGCCCUCAACAGUGGCGGCGGCGGCGGCGGUGGCGGUGGCGUGCCGGUCCCAGGCUAUUUCCGCCUGUCUCAAGCCUAUGGCACCGGCAGCUCCAAGAGCUAUAACGCGGUCGCCGCUGCGGCGGCUGCCGCAGGAUCAGGGGCGCAGCUGGGCGCCUCCCCGUUCCCCCAGCAGCCCCAAGUUCGCUUCGAUUCUCAGCCGGCUCUUGCUUCGGUCUCUGCUGAGACGAGCAGGAAGGAGAGCUCCCUGGAGUCGCCUCCCCCUACGGCCUUAGCUUGUGGCUCCCAGGCAGCGGAGGAAGAGACACAGGCGUCGUCCUCCGCCGCAGAGGAACUGUCGCCCGCUCCCUCGGAGAGCAGCAAGCCCUCUCCGGAGAAAGACCCCAUAGGCAACGCCAAAGGUGAGAACGCGGCUAACUGGCUGACAGCGAAGAGUGGCCGGAAGAAGCGAUGCCCCUACACCAAGCACCAGACUCUGGAGCUGGAGAAAGAAUUUCUUUUCAACAUGUACCUAACUCGAGAGCGGCGCCUAGAGAUCAGCCGCAGCGUCCAUCUCACAGACAGACAGGUUAAGAUCUGGUUUCAGAACCGACGGAUGAAACUGAAGAAAAUGAACCGAGAGAACAGAAUUCGGGAGCUCACAGCCAACUUUAACUUUUCUUGAUGAACCUCCAAACGACCACCACGUUUUGACGAUGAAAAGAGCCAGUAACCCUUCUUCCUAGGCGCUAGAGAUUCGCACCUGUAUCACCCGGAGUCACGAGUUUUGGGUUUUUUCCCUCCCAUCCCUUUCUCCAUUCUCCAUCUAUCCAUAGCAGCUUUGCUGGGUGGGAUUGGGUGGGGGUGGUUUGGUUUGUUUGUCUUGUUUCCUGGGGGUAAGUGGGGAGGGGGAGUCAUACCACCAAAACAAACAAACAAACAAACAACAACAAAAAGACGGGCAGACGCUUCCAGCGACGUCUUGGGCUGAGCUUCCUCGCCUCCCUGGUUCCCCACUCCUUCCACGAGCCAAGUGUCAUCUCUCAGAGGGCUGCGCGUGUCUAGCCAGGCUCGGAGUCCAGGCGACCCUGGCGACAAGAGUGUACUCAUUGUAAGCGCUAAGGUGUCUGUGGGGAGGUGACGGGUGAGUAGUCGAGGCUUUCCAUUUCGCGUUCAUGUCAGGUUUGGGGGAUGGGGUGCUAUGAGACUGUGGGGGGGGGUGCUGCCGUUCCUAGUUCCCUUUCUUUCUUUACGAAGAGAAGGACUUCAUCACCGCCAACAUGCAGGGUGAAAACAAGGGCGUGAUGUGGUGUUGGGGGAAAGAGAGAGAAGGAGGGAGAGACGUUGAGAGGGAGAAAGAGGAAGAGAGAAAGUGAGUUUCCUUCUCUUUUUUCUCUGUAAAAUAUCACAGCUUUAAAAUUGGAUGAGGAAAGGGCUACCUCUUGACUCCAUCCAAGGUCUUGUGUUGCUCUGGCAUUAAAUGUUCACACUUACCUCUGACUUCCGCUCUCUCCCCUGUUGUAGAUAGUGACCUAUUGUAGUUUUGCUUAUUAUAUUAUGUGGAAUUAGUGAAUUUUUGUCUCUAAGUAAUGUUACCACUGGUAGCACGUGACAAGCACACACAAUUCUCCCUGCCUUAUGAAGAGGAGGGAGUAAAUUUCGCUUUUAUUUUGCUCACUGAUAUUCAUGGAACCCUUCAGAGGACUCUAGCAGACGGGAUAGAAGAGAGAGAAAGGGAGACAUUGUUCGAAUUUCCUUUAUACUGUGAAGUUACAUGCAUAAAAGGGUCAAACCUGUAGGUGCAGAAAAAAGAGAACUCUAAGUACAAAUCUGUAUAAAUGUCUAUUAUUAUUAAAGAAUUGCCAAUACUGUUUUAAGCAAAUGCAUUCUAUCGUUAUUAUAAAUGUUAGUCCUAGCUCUAUUUACUUCUUACUCUAAAUCAGAAUAAAUUAAUAUUGUAAUGCUGCUGUGCGUGGAAAAAAAAAGACAAUGUUUAUGUUCUUAUAUAGAAGAAUAAAAGCCGUGGAAUGAAGCCUUUUAAUUUUA